AUGAAUUCCGCCUUUGAGUACCAUCCUAUGGGAUUUACUAUUAAUUCUGAGGCUGAUUGUCAGAAAAUUCUGCAUGAAGGCAGCCCUUCGAGUCCGUCAUGGUGCCAUGAUGCGUUGCUAGAAACAUCAAACUCCAAUUCUGCAAAAGACGCCACCCGUGAUCCAAUUUUUGCAGCUCCAUGCCUUCCGCCUGUAACUUGUCAUAUGUCUUGUUAUAUACGGCGCGCGUCCCCGCGGUUUACUGGACAGGGAAAGUGGGCCGAUGCUCCAUCUGCAGCAGAGAUUCGCUUCACUCGAAAGUAUCUUGGGGAAGAUACUAAUAUGAGUAUGAUAGAUGUACAGAAGGGCAAAGACAUAUUCCUUAAUGGCAUAAAGGAUAUGCCAGACGAAGUCAUUCAGGACACUGUCCUUGCGGCGCAAGCUGAGUGCGAACAUGCACAUUUGAUCGCCAUUGCAUCAGCUUGGGGCCUGGAGAAAAUUGAACGACACGCUUCAGCUUUUGCGGAUAUCCAAGCGAGCGCAUUCCACCUUUCGCCUUUCAAGCACCUGUGGAAAUAUCCAUUGGACAGUCAUGAAGAACGUAUAUACGACGAGUUAUAUACCUCUGACUCUUGGAUGGCUGCCCAGGACGAGGUACAGAAGCUCCCAAAAGAGCCAGGAUGUGGAUUGGAAAGGGUAGCUGCUGGGCUUAUGUUUUUUUCAGAUGCUACGCAUCUUGCAAACUUCAGGAUGGCAAAGGCCUGGCCUUUGUAUAUGUACUUUGGAAACCUGACGAAGUACACACGUUCUGCUCCAAAGUCUGGCGCAUGCCACCUUGUGGGAUUUUUGCCAUCAUGCGCGAUACCUGUGUUUGAAGGACGGUUUCCUGCUCCUCAUGAUGUGAUCGUGCAGUCUCUUUUGUAUAGAUUUGCACAAUGGCAUGCUCUUGCCAAGCUAAGACUUCACUCAGAGUCGACACUCGAUUUCCUUGAAGACACGUUCAAGAAACUCUCAAGACAGUUGCGAAAGUUCCAUGAUUGUACCUGCGCCGCCUUUAGCACUGUGGAGUUACCAAAGGAGAAGGCAGCUCGCCUACGAAAGUUUGUCCAAGGUGUGGGACCUCAUGACGCUCCUCCAGGAUCUAGCGGACCAAAGGUGAAAAUGUUCAAUUUAAACACCUACAAGUUUCAUGCAAUGGGUGAUUAUGUGCAUACCAUCAAAUUCUUCGGGACCACUGAUUCUUUUACCACUCAGAUUGGAGAGCUGGCACACAGAGCCUUAAAAUCAUUCUAUCCGCUAACUAGUAAACAUCACACAUCAGCACAGCUAGCGAAGCAUGAACGCAGGUGCCGUGUACUACGGCGAGUCGAGGAAGCAGGCAUCUCCUCCAGUAACCAGUCUGUGGCUGAUUCUCCUGCUCCACCACCAUCAUUCGACUUGAAAGGCCAUCAUUUUAUCGCAACCGGUCAGAAAAAUCCAGUCUUGUUGUUUGGGCUCCUCCAGGAAUACGACAGCGAUCCAGCUAUCAAGGUAAAUUUCUAUUGUACUCUUGGCCUGUUUGGUGCCAGUUCGCUUAUGACAGCUCUCAGAACUUUAUCUCGUGAUUGA